GUAACGUCUGGAAUCUCUUACUAGCUUGUGUCUCCGUCCGCCUUGAAAAUAGAUCCACACGGUGCUUUAUAAUUAUUAAUUUGCCUCCAGGCUAAUAAUAUGCUGUUCAUUCAUGUGUUCAGGCAGAAAGUGGCAGUAGUUUUCCCGUUAAACAAAGUAUAAAUGUCAACUGCCUUUUACAAUUAACUCAUCCAGGUGCUCAGGCCAGUCAAUACGGCGAAAUUUCUAGAGGUAAACACGUCCGGAAAUUUGGAAGUUGCAGAGAAACUGUUGUUUAAAUACAUGAGUCACCACCUCUUCCCCCUUUUAAGAUGAAAUUAAAGUAUUUAAAAAGUAUCUCUGGUAAUGUUGUGCUGUUUCUCCUCACUGUGCCUGUCUCUAUGGCUAGUCCUGUACCAGCGGGAACAUUUCAGACCAGCUGCCAUGAGCGUCACUUCUGGAUUUCUGUCAAGUCCAGCUUCAUUGGAGCCAUGACCCGUUUUGACUUUGAAGACCAGAGUGGAUACCACGUCCUGUCUGAGCGGGAGGCCACCCUGUGCGGCUACACUGUCCUGCUCAAUCAUCUUGGAGAUCUGGUUUUCCGCGCCUCCUUCCUGGCCUGCCACGUCCACAGCCAGCGAGGCACAGACUAUCACCUGCGUCUGUGGUUUGUAAAUCAUCAGGCGGAUGGGAACGUAGCGACGUACCCCUUCCAGGUCCACUGCGCCCUGCAGUGGCCAUGGGGAACCAGAGAGAUUGUCUGUGAGGAAAACUACAUGGAGGUGUCCAUCCAGCAACCCGUCCUGCCUGCUUCCUCCAAAGCUCAGAAGAAGAACGCGGAUGCAGCAGAGAUGGUUGUGUUGUUCCACAGAGCUGGCACGCCGCCUGAGGAGGCCAGAGCCGCGACCCGGACAGAGGCUGCUGCUCUGGGCUGCCACAUGUCACAGGGUGGCUCACGCCGCCUCGCCCUGCGCUGCACCUAUUCCUCUCCUCUCUCAUACACUGUCAAGGAAAAGGGAGUGGAUUUAGAGGUGGUCACUGCUACCAUCCUGUGCCCACUGCAGGGCGCUAUCCUGGCUAUUGAUGCCACUGUCGUCUGCACUCUGAAUGAGGCUUUAGCAGAUGGGCCUGACCUGGUGUGGGCCGUCCCACACAUCCUCUCCCCCUUGGUCCACGGGGGGUUCAGGGACAGAGGCAUGAGGGUCGGAGUGGGGAGCUGGACUCUGAGUGAGUGGGACAUUAAAGAGAAGGGAUACAUCAUCGGCCUGAGGGAGGGACAAGUGGAGCUCAGGAUUCCUAUUGGAGCCCAAGGCGGCCAUAUCAUGAGUGGUGUUAAGGAGGGCCGGUACAGCCAGUCCAUGUCAGUCGACCUGUUCUUCAUGUGUCAGUGGGAGGAGCAGCACUGGCCUCUCACGCAGCAUCGCUCCUUCAGGCUCCUUAAGACCCCGCUCGUCCCCAAAACCCUCAUCAUCACCAACCACACAGUCCCAUCCAAAGGGGCCUUUUCUCUCACUUUAGGUGUCUUCCUUCCUGACGUCUCCCUCCAGAAGGUGACAGUGGAAGGUGGGGGUGAGGACCUGAACGUGUCCAGGCUCCAUCACCCCAACGGCAGCCACUCCUACCACCUCAGUGUCCCGUUCUCUCACUCAAACAUAAUCUAUGAGUACACAGGCGGCGGCCAUAAGAAGUAUAUCCUCCCUCUCACCUUCACUUUUACCAUCUCACCCCAUGGUGCUGUCUUCUACCACCAGGCCACUGUAGAGAGUAGCGUUCAAGAACGAUCAGCUCCAGGCUCUACCUGGCUGGAGGGGAAAUGCACAGAGAGCGGCCUGCGGGUGCUGCUGCACCACGACGCCCAGGACGAGCUGCAGUGGGAGCUCUUCCUCGGGGCUCGUAGGUUGGACUGGGAACUGGUGGAGCUGGGGGGGUUCAGACUAGAAGCAGAGGAGGAAUACUUCAGCGUGGAGAUCCCUCUCGACAGCCCUGGGAUGACCUACGAGGAUCUGUCUCUGCGGGGUCUUGUUGCCACGGCAGAGGUGUCUGUGGUGGAUGCAGACUCUUUGAAAGUGGAGGACCAGCUCGUCCAGACAUGCACCUUUCCUGUCAGAGAGCUGCUAGCCUGCUUGCCAGAAGGGAGGAUAGUGGCGGUAGUUGACACAACCCACACCAUCCCGCCCACGCAGCCUAACCGAACCACGCUAUUGGACCCCAGCUGUGUUCCCAUGGAGACGGACAGUGCCAGGGCCCUAUUCAAUUUCAGUCUGGACUCCUGCGGUACAACUGUAACUACUGAGGGAAGUUUCCUGGUUUAUGAGAACCAGGUGAGAUACGCUCAAGAGUUUCUGCCUUUGGAUGAUCCUCUUAUACACAGAGACUCUCCAUACAGGUUGACCAUCCAGUGCCGCUACCCAGCAGAUGAGAACAGCACCCUUCCUAUCCAACACCCUUUUAAGUCAACUCAGGACCUCACAGCACCUCCAGCCAAACGCGUACGUAGGGAAGCCAUAAACACAGGUGACAUGAAGUGGAUCAUCACUUUGGAUGAACAGCAAAAACUUCCUCUAGGUGUGUCUGGAGUCUCAGUAUGGAUCCUGUCGACCCUGAGCUCCUUGCUGCUGCUGCUGUUGUUCAUCUUCCUCUGCAUGGGGUGACUGCAUAUUGUACCUCCAAAUGAACUAAAACACCAAAUAAACCAGUGCACCUUAACACAACAGUGUAUUU